CCCUCCAUUGUUGACCUUCAAAAGAAACCAUGGGAAAUUUCUUUACUGCAAUAAUCUUCCUUAUUAGCGCACUACUACUCUUCCAUGUUUCAUUGGCUUCUGUGGUUUCCACUGGAGAUUUCAACCAAGAUUUCUUUGUGAUAUAUGCAGCCCCCGGGCAUAUAAACACUUCUGCAGAUGGCCGAUCAACAAGCCUCACACUCGACACCGCCGCUGCAAGUUCAUCAAUGUCGACCAAGGAUAAGUACUUGUUUGGGCAGUUCGUCAUGAAGAUGAAACUGGUUCCUGGGUAUUCUGCCGGCACUGUUACCGCCUUCUAUUUAAUGUCAGAUCCGGCCGCGAGCCGUGAUGAGAUGGACUUUGAAUUUCUGGGGAAUGUGGCCGGGGAUCUAUACACUCUUCAGACGAAUGUUUUUACGAAUGGAUAUGGCGAAAGAGAGCAGAAGAUUAAGCUGUGGUUUGAUCCAACAGAAGACUUCCAUAACUAUACUAUAUUAUGGAACAUCUACCAUAUCGUAUUUAUGGUGGACAGUGUACCCAUAAGAACAUACAGGAACCAUGCAGACAAAGGGGUGGCAUAUCCAAUGGGGCAGCCGGCGCCGGCGCAGAUUAGCUUAUGGGACGGCAGCAGCUGGGCAACUGACGGCGGCAGAGUGAAGAUUGACUGGUCAAAGGCCCCCUUCAUAGCCUCAUUCAAGGACUACACCAUAGACGCUUGUGUGUGGAAAGGGGACCCCUCCGAAUGUAGGGCAGAUGGGCCUUCAAAUUGGUGGAAUCAGGACAAUUAUAGCACUCUAACACCGAUUCAAAGAGGCCUGUACGAAUGGGUCAUGAAGUACCAAAUUACCUAUGACUAUUGUACGGACAGCCAAAGAUUUAACGGUUCCAUCCCUUUGGAAUGCUCUCUUCCUAAGUAUUGAUGAUCAUGUAUCAUAUCAUACACACCAAAUUCUACGACAUCCUAAGUCAAUAAUAAUAAUAAUUUUUUAAGAAUAAAAAUGUUUUUACUUUUUA